ACAGGAGUGAGGGGCAAGAGCGUCGAAGUGGGGGGGGUAGUGUUGAAGAGAGCACAUCCCACUCUGUUGUGUGCGUAGGAUGUCCGACGACAGACUGCGUCUCCUGCGGGAGCAGUUUGCGCCUAUUUUCACCUUUUUCGACAUACCCGUGGACGGGAGCAAGGACCUCUUCUCCAUGCUGCUCAAGGUCGGUAAGGUCCAGCUUGACGACAACGAAGUCGAGCACAAGCUGUUCAAGUUCAUGUUCAACUUUUACGACGCCGACGGCUCGGGCGGCAUCGACCGGAGCGAGCUGCGAUCGCUCUUCCACGACAUUGGCGUGAUCAAGGGCAAGACCGAGCUGAUGAACUUGACCGAGGACGCCGUGACAGACGUCAUCGAGGAGCUCGACGACAACGGCUCGGGUUUAAUCGAGUUUGACGAGUUCUGGCGCUGGGUCACAGAGCACGGCUUCAAGGAAGAGUUCCUCGCAUCGCCGGCCCCGAGCCGCUCGGGCUCGUCGUCCGACUCGGACUCGGAGUAAACGCUGUGCUGUCA